AUGGAUAUCGAGGCUCUGGAAAAGUCGAUUUGUGAUCAGAAAAUUGAGGCAGCCCAGAAAUCUAGCAUAAAUAUGAAGCGUGAAUUGCUUUUCUUUGCGAUCGACAAAAAUUUGGUGAUUUUGCAAGAUUUAUCGAUGAAUAAUGAUCGGAACUGGAUUAGCUAUGGGAGUGAAUACGAAAGGAGAAAAACCGAGAUUAUUAAUUUGGUCUUCAUGGAGCAAACUUCAAAUGAAAUGGUAAGAUAUUUUUGUUUCGAUUCAAAAAAUUGUUGUUUUUUUCUCCUUCAGAAAAUGUCUGAAACUAAAGGGAAAAUUGAAAACCAACCCAACUUCCAAUUCAAACUUCAAAAACAAGAACUUCUAUCUGAAAUCCAGAAUAUCAAUCACCAAAUCAAUCAACUUAUGCAAAUCUCGAAUUUAUUGGAUGAAUAUUUGCGAAAUUUUUUUGAACGCUUCGAAGAACUCAAAUCAGAAAUCGACCAGACUUCGGCGAUUUUUCAUAGAUAUAAGAAGAAUUGGAAGGAUACUGUCAAAUUAUUUGAAGCAGUGAAUAAGUUAUUGCCAAAUUGUGAGCGAGAGUAAGGAGAUUUAGACAAAAUCAGAUUGAAGGUACAUUAAUGAUUACAGGUCUUAA